AUGGCUUCAUCUAUUUCCUCUUCAAAUUCGAGUGCUUUCCUAGCCAUACCGCUGGAGAUUCGUCGACAGAUCUACCGAUACUGUAUCCCACAAAAGCCUCUCAUUGAUGUUUCCAGUGGCGUGUGCCGCAAAACCCGCUUUGACUGGUCCGAAGAACUAAAUGAGCACCAUAAUCAUGACCUGGAGGAGAUUGGCGACACCCCUUUCAUCGAGAUUGAAGAGGGCGAAGAGAGCGAGUCUGAAACUUCUGUAGUUUGUGGCACCAAUAGGAUCAUGUACGAGCUCUAUCCGAGUAGCCGGAGUGCAUUCCCUGGCCUCCUUCUCUGCUGUCAACAAAUCACUGAGGAGGUGACGGAUAUAUUAUAUGACGAUGCUACCAUGUUAGUCGGGCUUCACAACAUUGGCCAGACUAAACUCGCUCAGUUACCCAAGGCGCGAGAGAAAAUCCGCAAAAUGAUUCUUAUAUUAAGGCCGACUCGAGCUUUCUGCAACCCCGAUUUCCGAAUGGACCCGAAUAUCUGGAAUCGUAUUCUCGGUAACCUUUCGAUGCUCGGGAUUAUUGCGGAGCAGCCCUCUAAAAGCGAAUCGCUUGAAGAAGAGCUGGAGAAUACCCCCGCGAAAAUGAUCACGCGGAUAGCACCAAUCUGUGACUACAUAGGACGGUCUCUCAGUAGAGAAGCCGAGGUCGUGGUGGAUGCAAAUGAUGAAGAAAAGACGAUAAAGGUAUUGGAACAGGCAAUGCCGGGGCGCUGUCGCUUUCAGAACUUUUCAAUGGCCGAUGUUAUAUUUAGAAGAGGGAGGUUCUCUCUGGAGUCUGUAUACUCGGGCACAGACUGGGAUGGUGUGGAUGAUGGUCCAACCAGCUGUCGAGAUGUCAUUGAUGGCUGUGACUUUGAGCUCUACUACUCUGAUUAA